AUGGCAUCUACACAGGUUCCGACCUCGCUAUCUUCAUUCCCAGAAGAGCUUCUCGCUCGUAUACUUGCGUAUUGUGUAAUUCCUCCUCAAGUAUUCCCAGUUCGUCCACCUUGGCACAUCCAACCAAUAUUCUUUCCAUGUCCCUCAUCCUUAGCCCGUCCGACACCCUACACUAGUACACGUGCCCGAUUUUCGCCCUUGCUUGUUUCCCGGCAGUUCCUCCGCAUCGGUACUCCCAUAUAUUAUCAGACCCUCCACCUUCCGACGGCUGCCCAUGCUGCCCGCGUACUCGAGACGCUUGUCGCCCAGCCGGUUCUUGCUGGUGCAGUACGUCGUGUUGUGCUGGGCUGCGUGUCGCUAGAGGGCGCUCGUGUACUUCGGGCGUGUGAAAGGAUCGAAGAUGUGGAUAUUUGUAUAGAUGUUUACGAAGCUAAUCCUCAGGGAGAUGCAGCAGAUGAUCAGGAUGCCCAAGCCCUAUGCGACGCACUAGACCAAAUAGACUUGAAGCAUCUUACCAUUCGCAGAACUUCAGAUGCUUAUCUCACACUUACGCGCCCAAAAUACCUUCUUGAGCGCAUUGCAAAGGCUGUACCCGGCUGGUUUAACCUUGAGUCCGCUCACUACGCUCUCAAAAUCAGUUCGACACCAGCCACCAGGCCUUUGGCUGAGGCUCUGAGCCAUGCCCCCAAGCUACGCAGUCUUAAAGGGCAACUACCGGCGAUAUGGAAUGACUUGUUCCUCACCAUCUCUAAAAACCCGACUCUCGAACAAAUCGCAUUGUACGUAGAAGGUGUAGAUGGGAUUUUGCAUACAACCAUGUACAUGAUGGAGGCUAGGAAACACGCACACCUGAGCGAACUGAUCAAAAUUGGAACGUCAUUUAUCCGAACGAGGGCACAUACAACUGCUGCUGCAUUGCCGAGUCCACCGUCAACAAGACCAUCGACUCCUCUGAGCGCCAGCAGAGUGAAGGAGGUAGCUGCUGAGCUCAUGACUCCUGGGCUAAGCCACAACAUGUCCCUCCCUGUAGCGAGAAGUUCGCAUGUAUCAUGA